AGGAACCUUUAGGUUUCCAGAACGUAAAGGAGUCUUUAACUGCUUCAACUGUGGAGGCCUUGGUCACAUCACCUCUAGCUGCCCUUCCACAGGUUCUAGAGCCGCCACCAAGCCAAAGAAUAGAGACUGACCACACUCGAACCCCAUUCUUAGAAGAUUGUCUAGUGUCGGGUCUGAGGAAGCCAGAAAGUCGAAUGUCAGUGGUGGGAAGGAUGCAGUCAGCAGAAGCAUUGAGUUAUUGGCAAGACAAAAUAAGAUCAUCACCAGUAGUAGUAAGUUGGUUAAAGAAUGGGGUUCUAUUGUUUCUGAGAGGAGUUCUUUUACUUGCAGCACAACAAACCCCAAAACAGUACACAUUAUCAAAAAACCAAGAGGAAUGGGUACAAAGAGAGUUAGAUCGUUUGCUAGCAUCCUCAGCAAUAAGAACAUUAGGAAAUCAG